CCUGCUAGGCUUCGGUGUCGGCUCUGCUCCCGCGCCAGGAGCGCUAAUCCGGCCUCUCUCCGCGGGCCGCGGGUAAGGCACCGGCGGCCGAGGGCUCGCGAAGGGCUGCCAGCCGCGCGGCGUCGGCUGUCGCGUCGGGUCGUUGUGUCGUGACAAGGACGCCGGUAGCCGUUUCCGCAACAGCAGGUGUGGCCGCUUCAGCACCGAGUGGGCUCCGCGGCUGCCUGGCGGGUCUCUGCUCGCAUCCGGCCCUUCUUUUCCGCGACCCGCAGCCAAACAGCGACACUGAGUCGACAGCCGGAACGACGGGCUAUGGCGGCCUCGACGGCCUCGCACCGGCCCAUCAAAGGCAUUCUGAAGAACAAGAGCUCCGCGACUUCCUCUGUGGUGGCCUCAGCCCAGCAGUCCAGCGGCAGUGUCGAGGAAGAGCUGAGGAAAAAAUCCCAGAAGUGGGAUGAAAUGAACAUCCUGGCAACAUAUCAUCCAGCAGACAAAGACUAUGGUUUAAUGAAAAUAGAUGAACCUAGCACUCCUUACCAUAGUAUGAUAGGUGAUGAUGAAGAUGCACUGAGUGACUCAGAAGCCACUGAAGCCAUGAAUCCUGAUGUCUUAGCUCAGAAAUUGUCUGCUGUUGAAGGCUCGGAGCCCAAGUAUCGGCUUCAGGAACAAGAAAGCAGUGGAGAGGAGGAUAGUGACCUCUCACCUGAAGAACGAGAAAAAAAGCGACAGUUUGAAAUGAAAAGGAAGCUUCACUACAACGAAGGACUGAAUAUUAAAUUAGCUAGGCAAUUAAUUUCAAAAGACCUAAAUGAUGAUGAGGAUGAAGAAGAUGAAGAAAUGCUAGAGGCUACAGAUGGAGAAAAGAUGAAUACGGAAGAAUCAAAUCAAGGAUCUACUACAGGUGACCAGCUGCAAAACAAAUCAUAGUUCAUAGAAGAGAUCUGUUCAACACUGCAGUUGUCAGAUACAAACCCUGUUACUAUAAUACACUCCUCCUUGUUCUUUACAAUUCAUGACUUAAGUACUGAAAUGUAUACCAGUUAUAAUAUAUUGCCAAGAAUUAAAUGGUAACCUUAGAGACUGAUUAGACUGAAAAUGCCUAUUGGGUACAUAUAUUCUUGUGCCUAGUACUUCACCACAAAUACAGCAUAAUGUCAUUAGUCCAAAACGACAUUACUUUUAUAAGAACACUGGUUAAUUUGUAUAAGAUGUUAUAUAUAGCUUUUUAUGCUUUAGAGGUUAAACUAUCUUUUGUGGGGGGAGAGGAACUAAUUUAUUUUCUUCUAGAUGUGGUUGCUGUUAUAAAAACAUGUUUGUUUUUAAUCAAAAGCCAAUUAGAACAACAGAUUGUAUAGGCCAAUAUUCAGGCUGAAAAGUUAUUUUAACACUUGUCUUCAACUUGAUUUGUCUGUUUAAUUGGAAAAGAUUAUAAGUUACUGUUGCAUUUUUUAGGCCUACUACCUUUAAAAUUCUUGUCAAGUUUCUUUGUGUUUAGAAAGAAAGGAUUGAACUUUUUCUCAUCAAAACUAGCUUUUUUCCACAAAGAAAUUAUUGGGUUAGACUUGCACUGAAUUCUGCUCUGUUUUUUUGUACACUAGAUGGGCAAAUUUCAGAUGCUUUUUUUUUUUUUUAAGAAAUAUAAUUCUAAACUAGCUAUCUUGGUAUUCCUUUCACAUACCUUCUUCACCUCCUUCCUGUGUUCCCCACUGCUUUCCACACAUACAGACAGUUCUUUAUAAAGUAUCCUAAAAAUUGUCAAUACAUUAGGAACUCUUUCUUCUCACAGGUAUUCUAUCAUUCUGCAAUGAUGAAAUUCUUCUUUUUACCAUCAAUGCCUAUUACGUGGAGUAAAUAAACUGAGUAGCAGCAGUACUAUAGACAGGAAAUACAAUUCAGCUGCUCAAUGUCUACACCUCCCUGGUUUACAGCUUGCUAAUUUAAUUGCCAUUAUUAGUUUAUUGUUUGACCUAACUUAGAUCUUAGAAAACAGCUGAGGUUUUUGCAUGAUGAGAGAAUUGUGUGCACCAGUGAUGAUUAUAGUUCCUGAAUGUACACAGAAGUAAGCUUGAACAUGUCUUAAUAUAAAAAACUUUAAAUAGUCCCUACCUUAAGGGAAUAUGAUAAUGUAUACUGUAACAAAUGAACUUUAUUCUUCUAACACGUUAAGAAUUAUUUUAAUUUUUUCCUGAAAUGAAGUGCAGUUCCUGUGUAUCUUAGUUUAGUGAUGGUUUCAUUUCCAGUCAUUUAUUUGUAUCUUAAUUUUUAUUUGUACCAAAAGAAUCCAUUAUAUGAACAGACUUUUUAAGUAAUUUAUGUAUGUUGUAUAUAUGAAAUUACUUUUACUGAGCAGGUUAUCUUCCACUUGCAAGUUUAUGGAAAUAUCAGUAUGUCAGAAUAAAAAGUGGGAGAAUUUUUUGCUAUUAGAAGAAUGUGCUUAUUAUUUUGAUUUUUUUUUUUUUUAAAUGGGCUCCAAAGUACCUCUGAACUGCAGGUGCAGUAUUCUAACUAAAACAUAUUAGCUAGUAAACUAAACCACUGAUUUACAAACAAAACAAUGCUUAUCUCUGCUUUCUGAAUUUCGAAUGUUAUCUAUUUAACCCCUUGGAGGAGAUUCGGAGAUUAAGCCUGUACAUAUGUGCAUACAUAUGUCCACUCUCUCACAGAGCUCUGUGUUUUGGGUUUUCCCAGUUUGAGUUCUUAGAAAGUACAUAGAUUUCUUUUUAUUUGUAGAAAUAGCCGCUAUACAGUGAGGAAAAGGUAAGACCUUUAAACAACUGAUUCUUGUGUUUUCUACAAACUAUUUCUUGAAACUUAAAUCACAAGGAAACUCUCAUCCCUGGCU